AUGGCGACGUCUAAUGCCGCUGAUGGCAUCCAGUUUGCCACUAGUUCGUCCAUCAUACCCAAAGACAUAGACCCUGGUAAACAUCAUGUUGACCCUCAUCUGGCAAAUUUCGACUUGCGACAAUAUAUCGACUUCAACAUAAGCCCGGAAGAUCUCCACAAAUGCUGGCUGCCUCCUUACAAUGGGCCCUGCAAUGAAAACUGGGAUGAAUUCUACAAUGCCUGGAAGCGGGUUCAAAUUCCGUACCUCGACUGCAAUGACUUUGGGGACACUCUCCAGACCAUGUCCAACGAUACUUGUAUCGCCUAUCAGCAACAGCAUAACGGUCUUUGCAAGUUGCGUCACGCCUUCCGCAGACAGGGUGAUGCCUACAUAGCCCCUGAAGACUUUGAUUACUGUCCUGGUACUGUGCUAAGCUCGCCGUCGAAAGAAGCCAUUCAUCACUUCGCGUAUCGACUCAUCUCGAUGGUCCAAAAGCAAGAGCAAGCGGUUUUUGGCCAAUUCGACGGUGGCGCCAAGGGAGGCAGUCCGGGAAAGUGGUGGAUUGCCCCGCCGAAUCAAAGCAUUGAGCUUCCUUCAGUUGAAACGCCAGACAAGGCACAGCCUGAUGGAGAUGGCGACGGUUUCACUGAGCUCGGUGCAUUGGAUAAAGCUAGACUCGAAGCAGCGGACUACACCGUCCACUGGGUGUGCUACCAGAAAUGCAAGAAAGGACCGUUGACUAAUGAUGAUAAGAGCCAAGAGGGCACAGAGAACAGUCACUUAGCCGUCAUUAUUAGGGAGAGAGCUACCGGUCACACAUGGUACUUCGACUCUCUUCAUACACCAAAGGACGACGCUACGGUAGAUCUCAACGAGAAGCACCAAUCCGUUCUUUCUAGUCUUCACAAGUGGCUUAGCAAAAACAAAGAUGACUUUUCCCCCGUCCUCGAUGGAGGUCGCCACCGUCAUGUACAGGUCAUUCCUCAAGAUUUACCCUGGACAUGUGGCCUGCACGCCAUUGCUCACGCCUUAGCCUUCCUUCGCUUUGGCCUCUUGGGCUGGCACGAGAUUCCUACGUAUGCGAGGGAAAAAACCGACAAGGCGAAGUUGACAAAGUUGAGACAUGAUAUGAUGAAGGCGAUGGAGCUAUCAAUGGGAUUUAGGCCACCUCCGCGCAUGAAUGCCAGUAACAAGAUCCCACUCCCCGAACACUAUGAUCAUGAGCUUGAUCUCAGCACAUUUCGCUUUCCUACGUACCCAAGUGUCGGUGUUGAGAAAAAAGAUCUCCACAGUUACGACAACUUCCCUUUUAACUGGUCUUUUCCGGAGAAGCUCGAUGACCAGUACGAAGAAACCCUCCGAGAAAGUUAUCGGCGUGUACACGUCGAGUGUUAUGAUGGAGUCUCACUUGGGCAUGGGAGCGUCGAUCCCUUCUCUCGCAAGGCUUAUUCAGAUCUUCAUAAUGGGUUGUUGAAAAUGAGGAAUCACGACCUUCUCGAGGGUGAAGAGGUACAUUUUCAUGCAACAAGGUUGAUGAAAAUCAUUCAAGAUCAGGAGGGUGCAGCUUUGGGACCAGCCAAAGAAGACAACCAAGACUGGUGGCUAGCCCCGAUUUUAUACGCGAUCAGAUGUGAGAGAAACAAAGACACUGGCGAAAACUCGGCAAAAACCACAUCCAUCUUGCCACCGGAGAUAUUCAAUGAUAAGAACUUCAAGAUAAUGUGCGGAGAUAGGUCCAAUGAUCGCGAACAGUUUGAAAGCGCCAAAUACACUGUUCACUGGGUACAUUACCACGAUUCCCAUCAGAACGACAAAGGAGUCUUUGAGCACUGGGCAGUCAUAAUCCGCGAAAAGGCCACAAAUUUUGCAUGGUACUUUGACUCUACGAAAGAUGGUCGAAAACAGCGCAAAGAUCGUGCAAUUGAUGCCUUCAACGAAUGGCUAGUAAAGUGCAGAGAACCUAAUUCCGACUUCCCAAAGGAAGUCACUCAGAGCUUCCUUGUCCCGGCUCCGCAGCAAUCAUCUGGAUGGGAAUGCGGCCUUCACGCUAUCGCGCACUCAGUGGCCUUUAUCCGCUUUGGUAUUUUGGGCUGGCACGCACUUCCGCUUGAAGCAAUUGCGCUUGAAGAGGGCUCUAAGGGAACUGGAGAUCAGACUGCUGCUUCAGCCCCUUCAGAUCGUUCAAAAAGGUUGUGUGAAACAAUGAUAGGCUCUUUACACGGCCUAAUGGGAGUCUCUUUGCCACCCACCACUUCCAAAGAUGAUGGAAACGGGACUGCUGAGGCUGUUUCAACAUCAAACAAGAAUGCAAACUCAAACUCUGCUAAUAAGACCAACGCGAGCUCUUCUAGAAACUCCAACCCAGACCGGUUCGGGAAAUCUAACCAAGGAGGCUCUGCACGUAAACCUUCGAACGCCAUGGCAAAAUCCAGCCAGCCGCCCGGCGAAAAUUCCGCCGUAACUGAGACCAUUCCAAGACAUCAUGGGAAUAAACAUGCCGUGCCUCAUCCCAAUUUUUUUAACAAGGUCCAACAUGAGAAACAACGCUCAGAAUUUCGGUUUCCUACCUAUCCAUCCAUACCUUUACGGGCAGAGUAUGUCCGUUCAGUCAAUGAGGAGCCGUUCAACGCCAAAAUGAAGCUCGACAAGGUUUAUGCCUAUUCUCAGGUGUCUACACACAAAUCGCCAUCUUGCGAUCGUGUCAUACUCAAUCAGUCUCCCUACGCCGAACAAGCCUUUGCAGAUAUUAACGACGCUUUACUGAAUUCGCGCCAUGGUGACUGGCUCGAUGGGAAAGGGAUGUAUCAUUUAGCUAGUCGACUCAUUACGUAUGUCCAGAAGGAAGAGUCUGUCAUUCCACCUCCCCCAUUGGGACCUUUUGAGAAUGGACAUUGGUGGAUCGCGCCACAUCCCUUUAUAAUCGAUGUCCCCGACCCGGAUGAUGACUCGAAUCUGCAACCAGCGCGAACAUUCUCGGACGUAGACCAAAGUGUCUGGGGUUUUGACAGCUCCGAUUUUGGAGAGGUUGAAGAGCGGCUGUUCAACCAAGCCCGCUACACGGUUCACUUUAUUCACCAUCCUACCCAUUGGACAGUAAUCGUCCGGGAAGCCGAAACCGGUCACCUGUGGCACUUUGACUCCCUGGCCCGUGGCUUGCGGAGGUUCAGAAGAGCUAUCGAUGCUUUUGAAGAUUGGCUUCGUCGGUGUAACAAACCGAUUCCCGCAACGAGUCAGGCAUUCCAGGUUCCCGUCACACUGCAAACCCGAAAUUGGGAGUGCAGCUUGCAUGCCAUUGCGAAUGCCAUGGCAAUGCUCCGCUUCGGCAUUCUUGGAUGGGACAAGUUGCCGUGUCUCGCCCUGGAGACCGAUCCGGAUCCGGUUGGUCCGGCUGGUAGCGUGACCGCGGACAACCUCACAGAGAUAAUGAAGCGAUCUUUACAUGGCAUCUUCGGCCUCAUGCUGGAUGAAGAUAUUCCCAAUGUCGCCGAAAGAAUGAAGCAAGAGAAUGCUGACGAGGCACUAUUGAUGGAAAUGCAGGAUGAUUCCAUAAUGAACCGGGCCAACAUGUCGUUCGAUGCAGUGAUCAACUCAGUGACAAAUAACCCGAGUGAGUUGGAAAUUCUGAAUCAGCAGGAGCGAAAGGCGCGAGAGGCACGGGAGAAGAAUAGAAAAGAACAGAAGGAGAAGUACGACAGGGAGAUGAAGGAGCGGAACCUGAGGGCGCGAGAGGAACAUGAACAGAAACAGAAACAGGAACAGGCGCAGGAGCAGGAGAAGGAGAAGGAGAGGGAGAAGGAGAGGGAGAGGGAGAGGGAGAGGGAGAGGGAGCUCGAGAAGGAGAGGGAGAAGGAGAGGGAGAAGGAGAGGGAGAAGGAGAGGGAGAAGGAGAGGGAGCUCGAGAAGGAGAAGGAGAAGGAGCAGGAGAAGGAGCGCGAGAAGGAGAACCAGCAGCAAGGGACUUCCAACUCUCUUAAACGUGGAGCGGCAAAUGACCAUGAUGAUGAGCCGUCUGGUCGAUUAAGCAAGAGGUCCAAGCAUACCGCUGAAGACAACCCCACGGAGAAUCCCGCUCUGAGCCCCAACAACAAGAGAAAGACACCGCCACCAGACAUCGAGCCAAAGCCUGCUAAACGAGCCAAGGGGGAGCCGCCUACGAGAUCGAGUGAGAGGCAACGACAAGCCGCCGAAAAGGCAGAGGCUGCUCAGGAGGCAGAGGCUGCUCAGAAGGCAGAGGCUGCUCAGGAGGCAGAGGCUGCUCAGGAGGCAGAGGCUGCUCAGGAGGCAGAGGCUGCUCAGAAGGCAGAGGCUGCUCAGGAGGCAGAGGCUGCUCAGGAAGUAGAAGCUGCUGAGGAGUCAGAUGAUGACGUUGAGGAGCUUACUUGGAGGGAGUCCAGGAGGGCCAGAUUUAGAGCGAUGCUCAAGGCCGAUCUGAUAGAAGAGUGCAAAAGAAGGCUAAUUGCUGGACCUGGUGACGAGCAUAGAACCCUCACCUAUAGGGCUGAAAAAACCGUCGAAGGUCUCAUCGACGCGUUGAUGUGGUACGAUGAACCCGAGGGUUACGAGGAAGAUCUCGAAGAAAAGGGUUGGGAGGAGUUGAAGGAAAUGUGUAAGACAACGUACAAGUUGUAUUACAGCGGGAAAAAAGCGGAUGUUAUGAGAGACAGGUUGAGGUGGUUCUAUGCCGAGCAACAACGGCAUGUUCAGGCGCUUAUUGAGCAGGAAGAAAUACCUCCUAAUUGGAAAGAGCAGGACGAGGCGGAGGACGAGACGGAGGAUGAGGAUGAGGAUGAGGAUGAGGAUGAGGAUGAGGAUGAGGAUGAGGAUGAGGAUGAGGAUGAGGAUGAGGAUGAGGAUGAGGAUGAGGAUGAGGAUGAGGAUGAGGAUGAGGAUGAGGAUGAGGAUGAGGAUGAGGAGGAGGUUUCUGAGGAACCGUGA